GAGAACCCGACAACACCACAGAAAUACCUGCGCCCCGCCUUCUUCUGUACUUUUCCUGCGAUCGCUUCGGCGUGCCACUCCCGUGUCACCUGAGAGCCUGCUCACUCUUUAUGGACUAGAUUGGACCGUGAAAGAAACCCAAUUUCAGUGUCUCAGGACCAACUGAGACUCGUUGGAGCGGGCAAUUGGACACAAUGCUUCUACGGAUACUGUUCCUGCUGGGGUGUUUGGCGCUGGGGGUUCUGGCUGCCGAAGACUUUUAUAAGCUACUUGGUGUAAAGAAAGAUGCAAGCGAGCGAGAACUCAAGAAAGCAUACAGGCAACUCAGCAAGAAGUACCAUCCAGACAAGAAUCCUGGCGAUGAUAGCGCACACGAGAAGUUUGUCGCUGUCGCCGAAGCCUAUGAGGUCCUUGUCGACGCAGAAUCCCGCAAGAUAUACGACCAAUAUGGCCACGAAGGCAUAAAACAGCACAAGCAAGGCGGCUCGCCGCGACAGCACCACGACCCCUUCGACCUCUUCAGCCGCUUCUUCGGCGGCAGCGGACACUUUCAAGGAGGCGGACAGCGUCAGGGACCGAAUAUGGAGCUGCGGGUUGCCGUUCCUCUGCGCGAUUUCUACAACGGAAGAGUCACGGAAUUCGAGGUUGAGAAGCAGGCUAUAUGCUCUGCAUGCGAGGGCACGGGCAGCGAGGACGGACACGUCGAAACGUGCGACGCAUGUGGCGGACGCGGCGCCCGGAUACAACGACAACAGCUUGCACCAGGUUUGUUCCAACAAAUGCAAGUCCAAUGCGACAAGUGCAACGGCAAGGGCAAGACGAUCGCACACCCAUGUCCCGUCUGCGGCGGCAGCCGUGUCGUCCGCGAGCCCGAGAAGCACGAACUCCACAUAGAAAAGGGCAUGCCGCUGGGCGUGCGCAUCACAUACGAAAACGAGGCCGACGAGAGCCCCGACUGGGUGGCCGGCGACCUUAUCGUGCACCUCGCAGAGACGGACCCACAACACGGCCAGCAGGACCACGAGCGCACAGACGGCACGUUUUUCCGCCGGCGCGGGAAGGACCUGUUCUGGCGCGAGGUGCUGUCGCUCCGGGAAGCGUGGAUGGGCGACUGGACGCGCAACAUCACGCACCUGGACGGUCAUAUCGUGCAACUCUCCCGUAAGCGCGGUGAAGUCGUACAGCCGAAUCACGUCGAGGUCAUUGCCGAUGAGGGCAUGCCGGUGUGGCACCAGGAGCUGGAGAACAACGCCGGCGAGGUGUACGGCAGCUUGCACGUCGAGUACGUGGUUGUGCUACCAGACCAGAUGGAGAAGGGUAUGGAGAAGGACUUUUGGGGCGUGUGGGAGAAGUACAGGAAGAAGAGCGGGAAGGUGCUGGAUGAGGAGUGGGGAAGGCCCAAGGAGCCGAUUAUUAUGCCGGGCAAGGAGGAGCAUGAUGAGUUAUAGUUAUGCGGUAUGAGCGGAGCGUGCGAUGAACGUCAUGUGUAUAGUAUGAGUGCGCUUGGGGUAUACCCGGAGUUUUUUUGGGAGUCUGGGAGAGCGUGAGUGCAUAGAGCGAAUAGAUUAUCGUC